ACUGUACAUAUGGACAUGUACUGUACACGAACCCACGGAGGGUUAUAGCACUAUGAUAAACAUUAUGUAAAGUUAGGAAUUUAUUUGUAUCAUUAUUCGUCUAGAUUUUUUCCCCAAAAGAGUUCAACACAUAUAAUUUCUGUCGGUAACACAUGCAUUUUUUGCAGUAGUAAUUCAAAGAAAUGGAUCCAGUGCCUUCCUACGAAGAGGCUUGUAAAGACAGGGAGAAUCGCAUUCAGCAUGUGACCCUCGCAUUGGUGGUACCGCCACCCUCACCUGCUGACACUCAGCCAGGCACACCAACUCACAAAGAUGAGGAAGAGAUGCUCAUACCUCCUAAUGAGGCCCCACCACCCUAUGAGGAACUUGAGGAUAUGAAAAAGCCACAGACGCCCCCCUCUGAUCAAAGUUGGACUCAGCCCACCCUGGAGGAGAAACUUGUGCAGGCUGGGUUACUCAGUGAGGAUGAUCUGAAGGAAGACUCUGGGUCCAUGCUGGGUGGUGAUUUGAUGUUCAUUGUAGCAUUUUUUAUUGCUUUUCUGUUCAAUUGGAUUGGUUUUCUCUUUGCCUACUGUCUGAGUGCUAGCGUUGCCGGGCGAUAUGGCGCACUGUCUGGAUUUGGGGCAUCCAUGGUCAAGUGGACAUUGAUAGCUAUGUAUUCAGAUUGCUGCAGCAUGUAUUUGAAGGAAGCAACAUGCCUGCUGAUUGCCCUCACUCUCAGUGGUGUACUUGUAUUUGGCCGUGGCAUCUACAUGUACAUGAAAAUUAAACGUCAGCUACAAGGUGGGAAGCGCAUACAAUAUGUGUACUGGCAAAACAUGUGAGGAGACCACGCUUAUGUAUGUAUACCUGCAAAAGUCUGCAUGGGAUUGCAUGACAUGUUUAACAUCAUUUAAAUUAUGGAAAUGUUUCAGUUACUCAAGUCAGAUUUGUUGUGGUGUAUUUUUCUUCUUGUUCCUAUAUUUGUGAUACUUAUUUAAAGACCAGGUGCACACAAAGAGGUGUGAAGUGAUAACUACACAUCACACAAUAGGAUUCCAUUCUGCGUUAUCUUGUACAAAUUUGUUUUUUUGAUAGCACUCUGUUAGCCAGCUGAUAUGUUAUAACUUCUUUGAGCAUCCCUCACGGCCAGAGUGGACUUUUGUGAUAUUGUUGUAUAACAGAGGAAGCAAAAGCAUUUUACUCUCUGGUUUAUUGUUUACAAUAUCAAUGUCAUGCUUAUAUGUAAUGCUUUUUAUGUUCUAAUGUGGCACAAAAAGGGCAAUUACAUGUACAGUUCUGGAAAGAAAUCCUCACAGUUUUUAAAAAGUGAUUUUUUUUCAGAUUCUGACUUUCUCUUUUACAACUCAUUAGCAUGACAAAGAAGAAGAGCAAUUUAGUUUGUAUCCAUCAGAAUUAUUUUUUUUACAAGGAAAAUACAUUUAAAUGGUGUUUAAAUUUAAACAUAAAUGUACUCAUAGUAGGGGAUAAGGAAAUGAGUACUGAGUUAUGAAGUCAUCCACAAUCUUGUAUCAUGGAAAAGGAGCAGUUGAAUAUUAUGCUUGUUACCAAAAAAGUCGGUGACAAUGCACUAAAUGUUAUUUUAUCUGUGUAACCAACACUGACUGCAAUAUUGACUUUAUAUUGAAGACAAUAUCCUCGAGUCGGUAUUGUCCAGUUCAUGAAAGCAUAGAAUAGCCUCUCCCAAUGUACACAACUUUCUGGUAAUGAUACAUGGGCACCUGCUACUCUGGGGCACUGGAAAUACUUUCAGUGUGAGGCUUGUAUUUGAAUUCAAAACACUGUCGGACAUACCUGUCUCCAGGAUGUAUUUAUUUGUCUGGAAUAUUUUCUCUAUCUCUCUCUCUCUCUGAGUUAACCAAUCUCAACUGAACUUGACCUGAGGUUUCUUGUUGUGGCUGCUAUUAUUUGAAGUGCCCAGUGGCCCCCAGAGGGCUGCAAAUUAUUUGCAGAGAAUGUUGGAGAGCCGUGAACAAAUGACUCCAGAAUAAGGAUUAUUAAAAUUUUGAGGGGGGGAGAUUCUGGUAUUGAAACUGGGAGAGUGCGCUAGCUGCAUAAGAUAAAUUUUUAGUCUUUUUAGGGCAUAAUCAGACUCACCAAUGUUUUUGCCAGUCACAAUUUGAAAAGUAAAGAAUGAGAUUUCUAGACACAAAAGUCUGUAAUGCUUUGCAAACUGAACAUUUGCGUUCACAGAUGAUGCAUUGCUGAAUGAAUGGGAAUUAUAUAACGAAAAACUAAAUAAAUGGGACUUUGGUUUUGAGAGGGAAAUCACUAAAGUACAAUAUAAGGGAUGUAAAGUUUAAAUUUACCACAAUACUUAAGUUAUUCUGUAGUGUUUUAUCAUUCCAUUUGCUUACAGCAAAGGGAAUGUGGUCACUGUUAGUAAAAGUAUAACACUGCUUACAUGCAUGAAAGCUGAUGUCUGAUAUUUAAUAUUUUAACUGAUCUUUGACUCAAGAUCAGUGUACAUGUAAGGCCUAUGUGAUGAUUAUGGUCAAUCCCACUUUAAUAGUUUAACACAGAUAUCAAGAAAAUUCUCUUAUUCUUGAGGUUUACUCAGAGGUGCUGAAUUUAGGAUGAUAUUUUUAGUUCGUUUUCUUCAGUGUUAAAAAAAAAUACCAGAGGUAGAAUUUAACAGCUUGUGAAUGCUUUUCAUAAACUGUAAAAGUGACAAUUGGCCAUCAUCACUUUCAUUCUCUUUGAUACUCUUUCAGGAAGGGGAGAGGCCAGAGGAAAAAGAUGUAUAAACUAAACUGGAUGAGCGCUAACUUGAAAAAGGAAAAAAAAAGCAGGCUCUUUAAUUUUUACAUCAAACUGCUGGGGUAGAUAGUUUUGGGGCUUUUUAAAGUAAAUGUGUAUCUAAGGCACUUAAGUUUGUUAUGAUAACUGUUUUUUGUGACAUGUUAAUAACAUUAUUUACUCCCAACAAAGCAGAGAAGCAUCCUGGAGCAAAGAUAAAGCUUUGAUGGCAGAAAAUGAACUUAAUAAAAAUAUACAUAUAUAUCUAUGCCAAAUGUUAA